AUGCAAGCACUUUGUUCUGCCAAGGUCUCACAGCUAAACCCUGUCAAAAAUGGCAAAGCAGAUCACUUUCUUGAGGACAGAGACUUUGAGGGCUGCUCCUGUGAAGCCACAGACCAGCCAGACCUGCAUGCCCACCUCAACCACUGCAACUCUGUCAAGGUGGAAACUGGCUGCUGGACAAUCUAUGAAUGUCCCAACUACAUAGGCCAUCAGUACUUCCUGAGGAAAGGAGAAUAUCCUGACUACCAGCACUGGAUGGGCUUCAAUGACUCCAUUAGGACUUGUAUCAUCACAGCACAGUACUCGUCUGGCUACAGAUCCAGGAGGAAUGUCUUUGGAGGCAGGAUGUUAGAGUUAAUGGAUAACUGCCCUUCUCUCCAGGAUGACUUUCACUAUAAGGACAUCCAGUCUUGUAAUGUACUUGAAUGAAGCUGGGUUUUCUAUGAACAGCCACACUUCUGAGGACAGCAGCACCUCUUGAUGCUUGGCAAGUACAGAUGAUUCACUGACUGGGGUGCCAUGACUGCCAAGGUUGGAUUUUUCCAACCAGAAGUACAUAUUUCCUAA